AUGGGGGGCGAACGGUUUCUAACCCUGGAAUCCGGCAGGAAGAGGAGACCGAGAAGAAGGCGGAAUGGCCCCAACUCCAUAGCCGAAACCCUAGCCCGGUGGAAGGAGAUCAACGAUGGGCAGCUACUCAUCGGCGCCGCCAGAGGGAGCGAAAAGCCGUUAGGGAUCAGGAAGGUUCCGGCCAAGGGUUCCAAGAAGGGUUGCAUGAAAGGGAAGGGUGGCCCUGAAAACCCUAGCUGCAGAUACAGGGGCGUAAGGCAAAGGACGUGGGGGAAGUGGGUUGCCGAGAUCAGAGAACCCAGCGGCGGCAGCCGCCUGUGGCUGGGAACCUACCCGACGGCGCUCGCCGCCGCCCUGGCCUACGACGAAGCGGCCAUCGCCAUCUAUGGCUCCUCCGCCCGCCUCAAUCUCGGCCACCGCGCAGCCAACUCCGACGACUCUUCCGUCACUUACACAUGCUCCGCUGUUCCGAGGGCUGACAACGCCGACGACGCUGCCUCCGAUGAGCGGCGGCCGGGGGCGCCGCCGAUGAAGGAGGAGCCGCUCGAAGGACGAGGACCUGCAGAGGAGGGCGGCUUCUUCUCCCCCCCGAAGACCGAAGCGGCGGAGCCGCCGGCCGUGACUGCCGUGGGAGGCCCAUCCUCGGCGGCGGAGGAACACCACUACCCAGGAGGGAUGAUCGACAUCACCGACCGGAUGCUGGACAUUGACGAGAUGCUGCGGCUGAUGGAGGCCGACCCGAUGAACGGCGGCAACGGUGGCGGAGCUCCGGAGCAGAAGUUCGCGACGCCGCCGUUCCCGUUCGACGACGACGACGAGUCAGCGGGCUCUUGGGCCCUGCAGCAGCAGCCCCUCCCUGGGGAUGACCAGUACGCCGACUACUACUUCAUGAAGCCCUUCUCUGAGGAGGCUCUGACUUUCAGCCUUCUGGACGAACGUAGCCUCUUCGAGCUGGGUUCCUCGCCCGACAUGCUCUGGCAGGGCUUGCAGGGCCUCUAG